UGUCUAGGACUCACUCUCUCUCUCUCUCGUUCAUUGGUGUGUUAGCCUACUCUGUGCCCGGCAUGCCUGUGGGAAGGGACACUUCUCCACCCGGAAGGAAAUUAAAUGACCAACAUGCGUAGAUUUGGAAUAAGCACAUCCGACACUCAUCCAGCUGCUGCCGCCGCUGCUAGCUCGCUAGGUAGCUAGGUAGCUAGCUGCCUUGGCUCCUCGGUGGGAAGCAGAGCUAACCGUGGCUAGCAGCUGUUCACCUCCAAAUCCUGGAAGUUGAGCAUUACCGGGACCUGUCUUGACUGCUCGGCCAGCUAGUAGCUUGUUGUUUGUGUGUUGCUGUGUGUGUUAGUGUGUGUUUAACGUGAAGUGGAAAAACAUGGAGCUGUUCCAAGCCAAGGACGAAUACAUUCUCCAGAGCGGGGACCGGGCUCUGUGGUGCAGCCGGAAAGAUGGGACCAUGGCGCUGAGACCUGCCACAGACCUGCUGUUGGCUUGGAAUCCGGUGUGUCUGGGUUUGGUGGAAGGUGUCAUUGGAAAGAUACAGCUUCACACAGAUCUUCCUCUCGGCCUCGUACUAAUCCGCCAGAAAGCGCUGGUGGGCCAUUUACCCGGCAACCAUAAAGUCUACAAGAUCACCAAGAUAGCUGUCAUUCCUCUGUCUGACGAAGAGCCCCAGGAGCUGGAGCUGGAGCCGUGCAAGAAGCAUCACUUUGGAAUCGACAAACCAGAGAGACUGGCCCCGUCUCCUGACGAGUCCAAGUUUCUGAUGAAAACCUUGAGUCAGAUCAAAUCUAAUGUGGCUGUGCCCAUCAAGAAAAAGUAUUCCCCUGCCUUCCAGGUGAAGGAGAACAAAGAGAAGGAGCGACUGGAGAGGCGGCUGCUGGAUGAGCUGUACAAGGUGUUCAUGGACUCUGACUCCUUCUACUACAGCGUGACCUACGACCUGACAAACACGGUGCAGCGUCAAGGAGACUCGGAAAAGACCGGCUUACCCCUAUGGAAGCAGGUGGAUGACCGUUUCUUCUGGAAUAAACACAUGAUCCAGGACCUUAUUGACCUUCAGGUCCCAGAUAUCGACUUCUGGGUGGUACCAAUCAUCCAGGGAUUUGUACAAGUGGAGGAACUGGUGGUGAACUACAAUGAGACAUCGGACGAGGAGAGGAGCAGCCCUGAGACACCGCCACAGGAGGUCACCUGUGUUGAUGACAUCCAUCCUCGCUUCACUGUGGCACUGAUCUCCAGACGUAGCCGCCACCGUGCAGGGAUGCGGUACAAACGCAGGGGAGUGGAUACAGAUGGCCAUGUGGCUAAUUAUGUGGAGACAGAGCAGUUGAUCCACGUGCACAGUCACACUCUGUCCUUUGUGCAGUCUCGUGGCUCUGUGCCCGUCUUCUGGAGCCAGGCGGGGUACCGCUACAAUCCCCGGCCACGCUUAGAGAAAGGAGAGAAGGAGACUAUGUCUUACUUCGCCGAUCACUUUGACGAACAGCUUAAACUCUACCAGAAACAGGUGAUUAUUAACUUAGUGGAUCAAACUGGACGAGAGAAGGUGAUUGGAGACGGGUAUCUAAAGCAAGUCCUGCUCUACAACAACCCAAACCUCACAUAUGUUUCAUUUGACUUCCAUGAGCACUGCCGGGGCAUGAGGUUUGAGAAUGUGCAAAUAUUGACCGACGCAAUUUCUGAUCUCAUCACUGACAUGAAAUGGGCCUGGGUCGACCAAGCAGGAGUCAUCUGCAAGCAGGAGGGAAUCUUCCGAGUCAACUGUAUGGACUGUCUGGACAGGACCAAUGUGGUUCAGGCGGCCGUUGCUCGGGCAGUGAUGGAACAACAGCUGAAGAAACUGGGUGUGAUGCCUCCAGAGCAGCCUCUACCUGUCAAGUGUUACAGGAUUUAUCAGAUCAUGUGGGCCAACAACGGAGACACCAUCAGCAGACAGUACGCGGGAACAGCAGCGCUCAAGGGAGAUUUCACCAGGACGGGGGAGAGAAGACUGGCUGGCGUGAUGAAGGAUGGCGUGAACUCAGCCAACCGCUACUAUCUGAACCGUUUCAGGGAUGCUUACAGACAAGCUGUCAUUGACCUAAUGAUGGGCCUGCCAGUGACCGAGGACUUGUACUCCAUCUUCAGUAAAGAGAAGGAGCAUGAGGAGAAGGAGCAAGAGAGCCAAAGAGGAGCUCAGGAGCAGGUCAGCCUCCUGCUGCAGACCUACAUGCAGCUUCUUCUGCCAGAUGAUGAGAAGUUUCAUGGUGGUUGGGCUCUCAUCAACUGUGACAUGAGCCUCAUCGAUGCGAACAACAAAGAUGUGGAUGUGCUGUUGCUUCUGUCUGACAAAGCCUACUACAUUGCUUAUUAUGACGAAGAAGCAGAUAAAGUCAACCAAUACCAGCGCCUGAAUUUAGAGGGUUUGGAAAAGAUUGAAAUUGGUCCUGAGCCUACUCUGUUUGGGAAGCCAAAGUUCUGCUGUAUGCGUUUGCAUUUCAGGAAUGAAGAGUCGAGUGGAUACUUCCACACGCUGAGGGCAGCAGCACGAAAUCCUGAGGAUGAUGGAAAAGAUACAUUGCAAUGCAUAGCUGAGAUGCUGUGCAUAACAAAACAGGCCACAGGGUUGGACAUGCUAGUGGUUGAAAAGAGGCUUGAGAGGCGACAGAGUCGACCUCAUGAGGAUAUAAUGGGGAUCCAGAACAAACCAGCUGAUCAGGUCCAGGGUAGCUCGGGUUUGGCACAAGGCAAAACUUUCCUCCUGAACAAAAUCUCCUCUCUCAAUCAGAAAGUCAAACAGACCAAGACAAAUGUAAACAUUGGCACCUUCAAGCCCCUCGGAAAGCUGGGCACCUUCUCGAAGCCUGACGUUAAAGUCAAUUUCCUAAAACCAAAUAUGCAUGUGAACCUGUGGAAGUCGGACAGCAGUUUGGAAACAUCAGAUAACAACCCUGGCAAAGACAUCGCAGACGAGCACUCUGAAAUCUCAGAUGACUCAGACUCCUAUAACUCUGACCCAGAGCACCCGUGUUCUGGUUCCUUAGAAAACGUGGACUAUGUUCUGCCCAGCUGUGGCAUUGUAGCAACAAACCCACGACUGGGCAGCCGCUCUCAGUCUAUUGGUAGCGUGGAGCUAAAUGUCCCCUCUGUUAUCCGGGUCACUGGCUGUGAGGGAACGCAGGAAAGCUCCCCUCAAUUAAGCGAUGACAAGUCUCCAGGUUCCGCCUCAGUGGCUGAAGAAGCCAUCUUGAUUGACUUUGGUACUCCCAUUGAUGCCUACUGCCACCAGUUUGUCCAGGAUGCACAGACCAAACCGGUCGAGGUGUUUGGAGAGAAUCCACCAGCGUCUGUAACAAACUGUACUAAAAAGAACCCGGCAAACUCCGACAAACAACCAGGCUCUGAGCCGCCCGUUCAGGAGGAAGAGCCCCAGCUCCCCAGGCCAUCUCAGCUCGACGUCCAGUCCACUACCUCCAAUUCCAACCUCCUCAGCGUCCAGAAGCCCAGCUCAGCGGCCUCAGGCGGCUCUCAGAGGAGUCUCAGCUCACAGUUGGAAGGCAGCCUCGGCCCUUCGCCUGCAGACAGCAACGGCAGCCGAGUGGUGUCCCCCUUUGCCAAGAUCAAGAGCUCCAUGGUCCAGGUGGCCAGCCUCACCCAGGCGGGACUCACCCAAGGCAUCAACUUUGCGGUGGCAAAGGUGCAGAAGAGCCCCGAGCCAGAUGCUGUCAACGAGGCCCAGGAGAACGAGCUGAAGGCAAUGUUUACACAGUGCCAGACCAGGAUCAUUCAGAUCUAGUGCUUUCCUUGUAGCAGUACGACACAUUGAUACUUCCUCUAUGGAAGUAGUAGCAAAAGCUUGCACAUAGCGUCACUACUCAGUCAAGAUAUGCACUCUUAAACUUACCCUUUAGUUUAAAAUGCCCAUAAUAAUGAUGACUCUUGUACAGCAUUAACAAUUUACAGAGAUAUACAUACACUCCACAUGACAGUGACCAUGUUUACAGGUACAUAAAUAUGGAUCCCGUUAAGCUCUUGUCUCUUCUGCAGUGGAAUCUUACACAUGAUGUUAAUGUCUCGGUGUAAGUAUCUAGAAGCUAAGCUCGGUAUAACAUUGCAUAAAGUAAAUGUUAAAAUAUUUGGGAAGGGUGUUAUAAUUCCCAUGUGUUAUGCACAGUAACAUGCAUUUAAAAUGAGUGCAUAUGCAAAAUCAUGGAGAAAUACUGCUACUGCUGAAUUAAGUUGGUUAAUUAGUACUGUUUUCUUAUUAAGUUAUAAAGAUAUUGUUGUUAUUUUUACUCUAAGAAAGAAAUAACUGAUAAAUAAGAAGAAACAUUUAAGGUUUUUAAGAUGUUUUAAACUGAUGUACUUGCAGUUAUACCUAUUCUGUUUUUGUGCAUGUAAACAUGUCACUGUCUGUAGCAUUACGUUAUCACGCACAAUGCUCGUGCACGUGAGGUGAACGGUGACAGCUGAUUUUGACAGGGCAGGUAAACAUCAGCUGCAUGUUGAGCGACCAACUCUGACACGCACUGUACAUUCAUCCAGUACGUGCAGGUCGCUUGUUGGCGUUUGGUAUAUAGAGCUCGUCACACACGCGAUUUGCAGAAGUCGCUGUCGAAUCCGACCAAAAAUCUUUGUGUGGUUCCCAAAGGAAAACUCUGUGUAAACUGUAACCCAUUGUAUAGCUGUCAGAAACUAGCCAGACGACAUUCUGUACGUAGUUAUCCUAUGUAAUACCAAUGUUGUCAAGUGUAACUUACAAGAUAUACCAUUAUAGAAAUAAUGACUUCACAAGCCCUUAGUAAGUAAGAGCGUUCUGGUUAAUGAUAUGUACAGUGAAUAUUGUAUGUUUAACUGUUCCCUCGGUAGAGCCCCUUCCCUUAAGCUUUUUGUACAUGUUAGGGGGGCAGCUUCACAUAUUCAGAGCGUUACGAGCAUUAUAUUUUGAAAAGAACGCCCAGUACUGUCAUCGCUAACCACAAGUAACCAGAAACCUGCUGGUUGGAGUUGUUUUUGAUAGAUUGAUAUAUUGAAAGAACUAUUCUGAAAAUGGUUGUACUGAUUAAUGAGGGUGUGUUUGAACCGAGUCCUCAGCCACCGUUGUAAACUGACGUCGCAUAUUUUGGAAAAGAGACAGGAGAGUAGCAUAUAGUAAUAUAGGUAAUAGAUUCACCCAAUUAUUAGAAACACUGACGCUUAUGCACUCCUCCGAACUGAGAGCAUAUUUGCCUUAAUAGGGAAUAGAAGCAAGAUUAUGUAUAUCAGGUAUUUAUGGCAAAAUCUACCUUUUUAAAUCCAUUCUUCACACACGUUACAUUUUGGUGUACUGUAUAAAUCCUCAUCUUCAGGGUUACUGUAAGUCAUCCAAUCUUAAUCUUGGGAUAUUUCAUCCACUGGCACAUGCGUUCUCCGCAAGCGGGUUUAAGAGAUGAUGUUUGUAUGAGUGCGUAUAUCCUGUACAGUGUGUGAGAGUGUGUUUGAGCCUCCCUGCUGCUGCUGGUGUUUAGGAUUGCUUGCCUUUGAGCUCUAGUUAUAUUUAUGUGCUACAAAGCUGUAGACAUUGUUAUACAUUGUUGUAUUUUCACUAACUUCUUAACGUGAAGUUACGCCUCAUUAGGAACCUGUUAAACUUUAAAGUUGUCCGAAUCUCAUGCUCCUCUUCAUCCCACUGUUGCAUAUAUUUUGUCAUUGUCUCCUAAAUGAGCUGAAAAAUCCCAACAUAACUGUUAAUGUUUCAUAUUUUGUGUUAUAUUUGCCUCUUCUCUCCAUUCGUCAUGCUCACCAGCAGAUGAGAUGUGGAACAAGUGUAUAUUUUAUUGGACUUUACUUGUGAGACAGUAGCCUCGGCGGCUUAGUGGGUGCUAGAUUAUAUAGUUAUUGAACCUGCUGAUAGUGCGUUGUGCUGCCAAAGCUUAAAGGUGAUGGCUGUAAUUCAAAGUUCUAACGCAGAGGGUAAAAGGUGUACUUUCCUUCAGGAUGCAAACACUGGAGUAGUUUUCAAGUUAUUCUGAACGGAGCAGAAAUCCUCAACAUUCCUUAGAGACCGAAAUGCCUCCGCGCUGGUGUCUGGUGUUUAUAUGCAAAAGCUGACAAAGUUAAGAUUUAAUCCUGUAUUUGCUGGGUGAGAUUUUUGGUUCCUCAUACCAUUUGUUUGUUUUUAUACCAAGUGCUUUUCCAACCACCUCCUCAUUUGUCAUCUGUGGUUGUCCUCCCCUCCGUUAGACCAUAUGACUAGAGGUCUUAAAAGCAUUUGAUUUGCACUGUUUGAACACAUUUUCUAAGUGUUGGCACCAUUUCAUCAGAAUGUCUUUGGUCAUUGUCUUUCAUCUUUACCAACUGACUGUUGUCAUUAAUUUCCACAGUGUACUGAGAUUGAA